AUGGCAAUAUCGCCCAAAUCAAGCAACGCAGAUGUCCGGCAUCAGACAUUCGAGCUAGACAUCCCGACAGACGUUCCCCCAAUAUGUCCAGAACAAGACAAUGCCCCUCCUAAAGAUGCUCGGUUCUGGAUGAUCAUCUUUUCGAUUAGUCUCUCGUCCUUUUUAAGCGCUCUGGACACAUCCAUACUAUCGCCAGCCCUACCAACUAUCGCAUCCGCGCUCCAAUCCAGGCAGCUUUUCGUUUGGACAGUCAAUGCUUUUUUGGUAGCCUGCACAGUUACGAGUCUCAUUUGCGCGCACAUUUCCGAUCUAUUCGGUCGGCGAUCUGUGAUGAUGACCUCAAUAAUGUUGUUCGCUAUCGGCAGUGCUUGCUGUGGUGCCGCACCGACCACUGCGAUUUUGAUUCUCGGGCGUACAAUCCAAGGGAUAGGAAGUGGUGGCAUACUUACGAUGUCUUCCUUGAUCAUGUGCGAUAUAGUGCCAAUAAGAGAGCGUGGCCUGUACAACGGCUUUAUCAAUGUAGCAUGGACAGUAGCAACUGUCAUCGGCCCUUCAGUUGGUGGCGCUUUCACUGAGCACCUCUCUUGGAGAUGGCUCUUUUGGAUCAACCUGCCCGCAUGUGCCAUUGCAAUGGCGAUCGUCGUCAAAUUCCUCCGAGUCAAGCAUCCAAGCCAAGGCACCAUACGGCAUCGAUUGGCCUGUAUCGACUGGUAUGGGAGCUCUUUGUUCACUGGAUCAACAAGUUCGGUGCUUCUGGCGAUAAGCUGGGCUGGCAGCCGAUAUGAAUGGUCUUCCUGGCCUGUGUUGCUUCCGUUGCUGCUUGGUGUCCUAGGUAUUGUCGGCUUUGUCGCGCUCGAGGCUGCGAAUAAGAAGCGUACUUAUGCCCUCAUGCCUCUUCGCAUCUUUGCAAAUCGCACCUCCGCCACUAUCUUCGUGUUGAUUUUCCUGCAGGCCAUGCUGCUAUACUCGCUCAUCUACUUCCUGAGUGUCUACAGCCAAGGAGUUUUAGGGGCGUCACCAAUGCGAGCCGCUGUAUUAGCACUUCCAACGAGUAUCUUGACAGCUCCUGCCGGCAUCUUCGCGGGAGUUAUUGUCGCAAAGACGGGCAAAUAUCGGUUCUUCCACUUCGCAGGAUUCGGAUUGCUGAUGGUCGGAUUCGGCCUGCUUCUUCUUCUGAAUGCAAAUUCCCCGAUUAGCUAUCUGCUCGGCUUCCAGGUUCCCUUUGCGCUUGGGUUCGGCGUCCUUCUUACGAGCUGCCUUCCAGCUGGGUUGGCGAGCCUUGCAGAAGAUGAUGUUGCUGCAGCGGUCGGGUUUGCCACGUCUACGCGCAAUUUCGGAUACAUGUGGGGCGUCGCCAUCGCGGCCGCGGUUUUUGAAAAUCGCGUCGAAGCCAUGUUGGGCAGCAUCUCUGAUACCUUCUUGAAACAGGCGCUAUCGGACGGCCAAGCAUAUUCAAAAGCAAGCAAAGCCUUCACAGAGUCCUUACAGGGCACGCCACAGGUACUUACUGUGGCCAAAGACAUUUUCGUCUCGAGCCUCCGAAUGGUAUGGCAAGUUGCGCUAGCUUUUACGGCCGUGGCGUUUCUACUUUGCUUCAUUGUGCGCACUUUGCCCUUGCGGACGACACUUCAGACGAAGUAUGGCGUAGAUUCAAGAAGAGCAACAAGUAGCUCCAGCGCAUAG